UCGCACGCCCCGCUUUGAAAAAAUCAAACUCUCGUGUGUUCAUGAGUUGGUUCGUGUGUUCCACGAGAUAACGUGCGAGGGAAGAAGAUGGCCGACCAAAAUUCGGAGGAUGUUGAAAUGGAGAGGGAAUCCAACCAUUCUGAUGGCUCCUCUGAUGAGAGUAUGGCCGAAACAACAGACUCAGUUGAAGACGAAACGUUAAACCGCGAAGAGCUUGCCGAGAAAAACAAACAAGCGGGAAACGAAGCUUACACGGCAAAAAACUAUAAGUUGGCUGUGAAAUAUUAUUCUGAAGCUAUUGAACUGAACAAGACUUGUGCAGCAUAUUAUGGAAAUCGGUCUGCAGCAUACCUCAUGGCAAAAGAUUACAACCGUGCACUUGAUGAUGCCAACAUUGCCAUACGUUUGGAUGAAAAUUACAUCAAGGCAUAUUUCAGGAUUGCAAGAUGCAAUCUUGCUCAGGGCUCAACCGAGUCCGCUGAACGAGCUUUGGGAAAAGCAAAAGAAAUUGACCCGAACAAUAAAACUUUGGCCAAUGAGUAUUCAAGGGUCCAUCAGAUUCAACAAUUUGAAGCUUCAGCUUUCGAGGCUCAUGAUAAAAAAGAUUAUCGGAAGGUGGUUUUCUGCACAAGACGUUUACUAGAGUUGUCGCCAGACUGUGAUCUUUACAAAGUUUUGAGAGCAGAAUCUCUUGCUUUGAUGAAGAAAUAUACUGAAGCUGAAAUUGAGGCAAACUCGAUGCUAAGAGAAAAUAACAGAAAUGCAGAUGCAUUGUAUGUCAGAGGACUGUGUCUGUACUAUCAGGACUACGAAGAUGAGGCAUUUCAGUGUUUCACCAGUGCUUUGAAAAUAGAUCCCGAUCAUAAAAAGGCAAAGGCGAUACGAAAGAAAGCAAAGUUAUUAAAGUCUACGAAAGACGAUGGCAACGAAGCUUACAAAACGGGAAAAUUCCAAGAAGCAUACGAUUUAUAUUCCAAUGCUCUAGAAAUUGACCCAAACAACGUUUCAACGUGUGCAAAAUUAUUUUACAACAGAGGUGUCGUCGCAUCCCGGUUGAAAAUGAUGACAGAGGCCGUAGAUGACUGCACUGAAGCAAUAAAUCUGGAUGGAAGUUACUUAAAAGCUUACAUAAAGCGAGCAAAAUGUUACAUGGAAACGGAGAAGUACGAGGAAGCAGUCAGGGACUAUGAAAAAAUCUGCAAAAUGAAUGGAUCCAGAGAGCAUAAGAUGUUGCUUCAAGAGGCUAAACUUGAGCUAAAGAAAAGUAAACGGAAAGAUUAUUAUAAAAUACUGUCGUUGUCAAAGAGUUGUUCAGACGCAGAGGUGAAGAAGGCCUACAGAAGAGAAGCUUUGAAACAUCAUCCAGAUCGACAUUCUGGGGCGACUGAUCAAGUUAAAAAGGACGAGGAAAUGUUAUUCAAAGAGGUGAACGAGGCGUACAGCGUGCUGUCAGAUCCACAGAAGAAAGCGAGAUAUGACCGAGGCGAAGAUAUCGAUGGAAAUAGUUUCUCGACUGCAGAUUUCGAUCCGAACACGAUUUUCCAGGCCUUCUUCGGCGCUGGAGGUGGAUUUCCGAACUUUGGUGGACGACGCCAGGCCGGAGGAUAUCCUGGACACGAAUUUAAUUUCACGUUUGGUUAAGGUGACAACAAAUUGAUAUCUGCAUUC